GUAAGACCAGAACAAAAUAACCUUCUUUAAAUGAUUUGUAAAUUAUCAAAAGAAAGAAUGAUUUGAAAUAGCACGAUUAUAUUUCCAAGUCAGUAUGAACUACGGUACCCACAAUUCAUAUCGAUAGUAAUCUCUUCCGGGGUUGAUAACCUUGCUAAGCUUUCAGGCGAAAGUCAGGUGGAUGCCAGCUGUGGAGAGCUGCCAUGCCCCUGGAGGUGAGAUGGCCGUUCCCACAGUGCCCCCUGCUGCCCUGGAGGAUCAGCAGCUCUCUGGUGAUGGGUAUGGUGGGAACCUACUCAUACUUCUGGACCAAGUAUAUGAACUACCUGUCAGUUCAUAACCAGGAUGUCCUGUUGGACCUUGUUGACCACCGGCCCCCAGACACGCCCCUUAUCACCCUGUCCAAUCACCAGUCCUGCAUGGACGACCCUCACAUCUGGGGGGUGCUGAGACUGAGACACUUGUGGAACUUCAAUAAGAUGCGCUGUUCUUGUAGAAUCACCAUCCUGGUGGGAAAACCCUUCAGAGUGCAUCACCUGGUGGAGGAACUGAAGGACGACAACAGGAGCCAGGUGGAGAUGAGGAAGGUCCUGACAGAUUUUGUCCAGGGGGAGUUUCGCAGCCUGAAGACCCAGGCAGAGGCCCUCCACUGUCAGGUCCACACCAGUACCUGAGGCCCAGGCUGUCAGGUCCACACCAGUACCUGAGGCCCAGGCUGUCAGGUCCACACCAGUACCUGAGGCCCAGGCUUCUGGUGGGACUCUACUGUGUCACAACCAUCAAGAUAACCACUUUUACUGAGGCACACACACACACACCCUCUCACUCCUGAUCCUGCAGCUGGUGCUAUAAGUGGCUGCUCUCCUCCAGACCUUCCCAUCCUGCAUUUGGCCGUCAUCUCAGUACAGUUCAGUUGCAAAAUCGAAUUUAAUAUUAAUUUUUUUUUUUUUUUUUCUCCUGGUUUUUGACAUUGACAGUUGGUCUCUGAUCAUGUCUCACCAGAUGCCACUCCCCCCUUUCUAUAUGUAUAUAAAUAAAUAUGAAUGUCUAUUUUAGCUCAAAGAAAGAUCACUUUUUAUGCAUUAAGGACUGAUUCAAGGUUCAGUAAAAAAAGGUGUGGUUGUUUUCUGAACAUAAAUUGCCUUGUUGGGGUCAACAUACUUUGCCAUAAAUCAGCCAAUAAAGUAUGGAUCUUUUCUACAUUCGAAA